AUGGCUGUUCCUUCAAUGAUCCCAUUUCCACCUAAACUUGACAUGGAAGGAAACAUCAGUGACAACUGGAAAAAGUUCAAGCGUACGUGGAAUAACUAUGAAAUAGCGGCAGGUCUCGCAGAAAAGGAUGAAAAACUCAGAACCGCAACUCUAUUGACAUGCAUAGGGCCAGAAGCCAUGGAUGUUUUUGAUGGAUUUCAUUUUGCUGAAGAGAAAGAGAAAACUGAAAUUAAAACAGUCAUUGAGAAAUUUGAGACAUUUUGCAUUGGAAAAACAAACGUCACAUAUGAAAGGUACAAUUUUAAUAUGUGCACACAGACACAAGAUGAAACAUUUGACACUUAUGUCUCGAGGCUGAGAAAAUUAGUAAAGACUUGUGAGUAUGCAAAUCUCACCGAGAGCUUGAUUACUGACCGCAUUGUCAUAGGUAUACGUGAGAACAGUGUGCGGAAAAGACUUCUGCAAGAGGAUAAGCUAACACUUGACAAGUGUAUUGACAUAUGCAGAGCUGCUGAAUCAACACAAGCAAAGGUCAAAUCAAUGAGUGGUGCAAGUGGUACCACAGAGGAAGUGCAGUACGUGAAACAAAAGCAAACGUAUAGACCUAAGACAAAAAACCCAACGCCAAACAUAAAUAAAUGCAAAUAUUGUGGUAAAUUCUGCACAAAAGGUAAAUGCCCAGCCUUUGGGAAGAAAUGCAUGAAAUGUGGGAAAUACAAUCAUUUCGCGUCUGAAUGUCAACAAAUAGAGCAGAAACCGAGAUCACACAGGCAAAGACAUGUCAGACAAUUUGAUGUUGACGAUAGUUCGGAGAGUGAGAAUGACUUUGAGAUUAUGACACUCAGCAAUGGAACAAGGUCCAAAGUUUUCGCCUCCAUGCUUGUCGUCAAUGUUCAGAAAACAGUAAAGUUCCAAUUAGAUAGUGGAGCAACAGCAAACCUCAUUCCAAAAACAUACGUUCCGGAAGAGCUUAUUGAAUUGAAAGCAAAUACGCUUAGAAUGUAUGACAGGUCUGAGAUGAAAACGUAUGGUACAUGUAAAUUGACACUCAAAAACCCAAAGACUUAUGACAGAUACACGGUAGAGUUUAUCGUUGUUGAUGACGAAUUUGCCCCACUUCUUGGACUUGCUGCCAUCCAAAGAAUGAAACUGGUAAAAAUCCAAUAUGAAAACAUUUGUCAUGUAGAAAAGGAAAAUGAGUUGCACAUGCAAGAGAUCCAGAACAAUUACAGUGAUGUUUUCCAAGGCGAAGGUACUUUUGAAGAAGAACUACAUCUAGAAAUUGAUGAUUCGGUGACUCCAGUGAAAAUGCCAGUCAGACGUGUUCCAUUAGGUUUAAAAGAGAAACUGAAAUGUGAAUUGCAAAGAAUGGAAAAAGCUAACAUCAUCACCAAAGUUGAAACACCAACAGAUUGGGUAUCCAGCCUAGUUGUAGUAAAAAAGCCAAGUGGUAAAUUAAGAAUUUGCAUAGACCCCAAACCACUAAACAAAGCUCUUAAAAGAAGCCACUAUCCCCUGCCGAUCAUUGAAGAUUUACUACCAGAACUAAGUGAAGCAAAAGUCUUCAGCAAAUGUGAUGUGAAAAAUGCAUUUUGGCACGUCAAAUUGGACGAAGAAUCAAGUUAUUUAACAACAUUUGAAACGCCAUUCGGACGAUACAGAUGGAACAAAAUGCCUUUUGGAAUCUCCCCAGCCCCAGAAUAUUUCCAGCAAUUCUUAGAGAAAAAUCUGGAAGGACUAGAUGGUGUUAAACCUAUAGCGGAUGACAUUCUAAUAUAUGGAAAAGGCGAAACUUUCCAGGACGCAGUGAAGGAUCACGACAGAAAACUAGAGAAACUGCUCAAACGGUGUAAAGAGAGAAACAUUAAGCUGAACAAAGACAAAUUCGAGUUACACAAAACAGAAAUGCCGUUCAUUGGACAUCUACUUACAGAAAAUGGUGUUAAGCCAGAUAGUGCAAAAGUUGAAGCAAUCAUGAAAAUGCAGAAACCAAGUGACAAGAAAGCUGUCCAGAGACUGUUAGGAGUAGUGAAUUACCUCACAAAGUUUCUUGGCAACUUGAGUGAUAUAUGUGAGCCUAUACGCACGCUCACACACAAGGAUGCAAUCUGGAAUUGGACACAUGAACAUGACGAAGCAUUCAAAAACAUCAAAACAGCAGUGUGCAAUGUUCCAGUCCUGAGAUACUUUGACUCCAGGUUGAAUACAGUUCUACAGUGUGAUGCGUCGGAAACCGGUCUUGGUGCGACACUGAUGCAAGAAGGCCAGCCAGUAGCAUAUGCAAGCAGAGCACUGACGUCAACGGAACAGAACUACGCUCAAAUAGAAAAGGAACUACUUGCUGUUGUGUUUGGCUUUGAAAAAUUUCACCAGUUUACAUACGGGCGCCGAGUGGUUGUUGAAAGCGACCACAAUCCAUUAGAAACGAUCAGCAAGAAAGCAUUGCAUAAAGCGCCAAAGAGACUUCAAAGAAUGCUAUUAAGAUUACAGCUGUACGACUUUGAGAUCAUCUAUAAGAAAGGGAAAGACAUGCACAUUGCUGAUACUCUGUCGAGAGCGUAUCUACAGAACAGUUGUGAAAGUACAAGCUUAGGUGAAGUACUGUCCGUGCAGUCAGAAUUUGAGAAAGAAGUUGAAACGGUCUGUUUGACAGAUUUCUUAGCAGUCACUCCAAGCCGUCAAGAGAAAAUUAGAGCAGCCACCCAGCUGGAUCCAACAUUAGCAAUAGUUAUUGAGCAAAUCAAAUGCGGUUGGAUUUCGAAAGAAACGCCACCAGAAGCAAAGCCAUACUUCAAUAUUCGGGAUGAACUCUCUGUAGAAAACAACAUUAUAUUUCGCGGUGAAAGGUGCGUUAUACCUCGAUGUAUGCGCAGAGACAUUUUGGACCAAAUUCACACGCACAUUGGGGUAGAAGGAUGCCUCAACCGAGCGCGGCAGUGUGUGUUUUGGCCAAACAUGACAUCUGAAAUUAAAGAUUUCAUAGGGAAAUGUGAAGCGUGCCAGUCAUUUGCCAGAAAGCAAUGCAAAGAGCCAUUGCUAAACCAUGAUGUACCAGACCGACCAUGGGCCAGAGUCGGAACAGACAUUUUUACCUUGGAUGAUAAUAACUACUUGGUAACAGUCGAUUACUUCAGUAAUUUCUUCGAGAUCGACAAACUGGAAGAUAUGACAUCGCGAUGUGUCAUCGGCAAACUUAAGCAACAUUUUGCUCGUCAUGGUAUUCCAAACCAGUUAGUUUCGGAUAAUGCUCAAACAUUCAAAUCAGAAAAGUUCAAACAGUUCACUUUACAGUGGGAUUUUGAACAUGUGACCUCAUCUGCAAGAUACCCUCAAUCGAAUGGAAAAGCAGAAAGUGCAGUAAAACGAGCAAAAUCUCUCAUCAAAAAGUGUAAACAUUCACAUACUGACCCAAUGUUAGCCCUUUUGAACCUGAGAAAUACCCCUCUGCAGUCUACAGGAUACAGCCCAGCUGAACAAAGCAUGAACAGGCAGACAAGAACACUAUUACCCACAAAAGAGAGUCUGCUGAGGCCAAAAACGCUAAUAAAUGUGAAAACAAAUCUAGACAAAAGCAAAGCAAAACAAUCGUUUUACUAUGACAGAUCAGCAAAACCUCUGCCAAGACUAGACAUGGGUACAACAGUAAGAAUCAAGCCUGAGAACAGUCGAGAUAAAUGGGAAAAAGGCUUGAUUGUCAACAGUCCGAAAAGACGCUCAUACGAUGUAAUGACAGAAAAUGGUACCACUAUCAACCGCAACAGAAGACAUCUUCGGCAAUCGAGAGAGAAAUUCACUAGGGCCGACAACGAUCCUUCUGACCAACCGAGUGGUCCGGUGCAGACUGAUCCUAUACCCGACCUGCAGACAGAUGUUGAAGCGAAUCGGUCCAAUACUACCGCUGCUGAGCCAGGGACGAGUGACCAUUGUGGUUUCCCAAACGAGGCCAAACAAACUAGUUCUGGACGGACAGUUAAAGUUCCGCUAAGAUUUAAAGAUUAUGUGAAAUAA